GCGAAAACUCCUCGGGGCGGCGCCACACACAAAGCCGCCUCUGCCUCGCCGUCUCCUUGGCCGUCGUUCCCGAGCAGCCCCGCGCGCAACGCGCCUCCCGCGCACCACACAGCACUGCCCCUGGCCACGCCGCAGCCAGUGCGCGGCUCGCAGUGGGGCCGGUCUUCAGGAGCGACGCUGCCCGGGCUCUUAAGGAGGGGCACGCGCGGCGGCGGCCCCCUGGGAGUUGUGGUUCGUCCGGCUGAAGAUGGAAGCCCGCGAGCCCCACCACCACCACCUGCAGCACCACCAGCAGCCGCUGCCGCCACCCCAGCUGCAGCGCCCUCGAUCGCACACCGUGACCACCACCAGCAGCUCCUUCACCGUCAACUUCUCGGCCACUUCCAGCGCCCUCGCUUACGACAGGGACUUCCUGAGGACUCUGCCCGGGAUCCUCAUGGUGUUGGAGACUGUGCUUGGGUUGCUGGUAUGGUCACUGAUUGCUGGAACAGAAUAUUUCCUGUAUCCUGUCUUUGGCUGGGUGAUGUUUGUGGCUGUAUUUUAUUGGGUUCUUACACUCUUCUUUUUAAUCAUCUACAUGACAAUGACUUACACCAGGAUUCCACAGGUGCCUUGGACCACUGUGGGUCUGUGUUUUAACACAAGUGCCUUUGUUUUGUACCUCAUUGCUGCCAUUGUAGAAUCAUCUGCAGUCACCAAAGAUUUGGACAGCCACAACUACAACAGCUGGGCAGCUUCAUCGUUCUUUGCCUUUGCUGUCACAUUCUGCUAUGCUGGAAAUACCUAUUUUAGUUUUAUAUCUUGGAGAUCACGGACUUUGCAAUAAAUACUCUCUUGAAAUAAAUAAGAAAAA